UUCUCCGUGUUUUCCACAGAAAACGAAAACUCGAAGAAGAAACAAUUUACCAUCCUAAAAAUUUAUUUCUUAAAAUAAAAUUGCAUUUAAAACUUGAAUUAUAUUUCUUUUCACUUUAAAAACAACUAAUAACUUUACAUUAAAUAUUAUUAAACAAAAAUAAAUCAAACAAAAUGCCACGAAUUAUGAUAAAAGGUGGUGUUUGGCGAAACACCGAGGAUGAAAUCCUCAAAGCAGCCGUAAUGAAAUAUGGAAAAAACCAAUGGUCACGAAUUGCAUCACUUUUGCACAGAAAAUCAGCCAAACAAUGCAAAGCGCGUUGGUACGAAUGGUUGGAUCCGAGCAUCAAAAAGACCGAAUGGUCUCGCGAAGAAGAUGAAAAACUCUUGCAUUUGGCUAAACUGAUGCCAACUCAAUGGAGGACAAUUGCUCCGAUUAUCGGACGCACAGCUGCUCAGUGCUUGGAGAGAUAUGAAUUCUUGCUAGAUCAAGCACAGAGAAAAGAAGAUGGUGAAGACACUGUUGACGAUCCCAGGAAACUAAAACCUGGCGAGAUUGAUCCAAAUCCAGAGACAAAACCCGCACGUCCUGAUCCCAAGGACAUGGACGAAGAUGAGCUGGAAAUGCUAUCAGAAGCUCGUGCCCGUUUGGCCAACACUCAAGGCAAGAAAGCCAAGCGCAAAGCCCGUGAAAAGCAGCUCGAAGAAGCACGUCGAUUAGCUGCCCUUCAAAAACGCCGAGAACUUCGAGCUGCCGGUAUUGGCUGUGGCAACCGUAGACGCAUCAAAGGCAUCGACUACAAUUCUGAGAUUCCAUUUGAGAAGCGACCAGCCAUUGGAUUCUAUGACAUUUCCAAUGAAAACGUCGAAAAGCUCGAACCCGACUUUAAUAAGAUGCGGCAGCAGGAUUUGGACGGAGAAUUGCGUUCCGAAAAGGAGGAACGUGAGCGAAAGAAAGACAAGAGCAAGUUGAAACAACGCAAAGACGGUGAAAUGCCCAUGGCCAUGCUCCAGAAUCAGGAACCCGAAAGAAAACGUUCCAAGUUGGUUCUGCCCGAACCACAAAUCUCCGAUCAGGAGCUGCAACAAGUCGUCAAGUUGGGUCGAGCGAGUGAAAUUGCCAAGGAAGUCGCUGCCGAAAGUGGCGUCGAAACUACAGAUGCUCUGCUCUCGGAUUAUACUAUCACUCCCCAGAUUGCUGCUACUCCACGAACACCAGCGCCAUAUACAGACAGAAUUAUGCAGGAAGCUCAGAAUAUGAUGGCUUUGACGCAUGUAGAAACCCCACUUAAAGGCGGUGUGAAUACUCCUCUUCAUGAGUCGGAUUUCUCGGGAGCACUACCCAAGGCAGGGUCGAUAGCUACGCCCAAUACGGUCAUUGCAACUCCGUUCAGGACAAUUCGUGGAGAGAAUGCAGCCACGCCAGGAGGUUUUGCCACUCCCAUGUCGACAGCACUAGUCCCGUUGGGUGGCAAGACUCCCGGAGUUGGUGGGGGAGCUCAGACCCCGAACCUAGUUCGAGAUAAGCUCAAUAUCAAUGCAGAAGAGAGCAUGGGAGUCACUGAUACUCCUGCGAUCUUCAAAAACUAUCAAAAGCAAAUAAAGCAGUCGCUUAAGGACGGACUUGCUACGCUCCCAGUUCCGCGCAACGACUACGAGAUUGUGGUGCCCGAUCAGGAUGAAGAAAUGCCCGAUGCAGGUGCCGAUGAGGGAACGAUCGAAGAUCAAGCCGAUAUAGACGCCAGAGCCAUAGCUCAGGCUGAAGAGGAACGUGUCCGCCUCUUGGCCAAACGCUCCCAAACCAUUCAACGCGAACUGCCCCGUCCUACUGAAGUUAAUACAAAAAUUCUCCGCCCACCCUCAGAGAAGCAAGGUUUAACUGAACUCCAGAAAGCCGAAGAAUUGAUCAAACACGAAAUGAUCACAAUGCAAUUGUAUGACUCCGUAAAAGAUCCAAUACCUGGACAGUCGCAAAACAAAAUGGAACAAUUGCAGAAUUUCUUCAAAUCAAAUCCAUACGAUGAUAUCUCCAAAGAGAGUUUGGAAACCGCCAAGAAGCUAAUCGAAGAAGAAAUGCAAGUGGUGAAACAGGGAAUGGGUCACGGCGAGUUGUCGCUCGAAAGUUACUCGCAAGUGUGGGAAGAAUGUUUGAGUCAAGUUUUGUAUCUGCCCAGUCAGAAUCGAUAUACCCGAGCGAAUUUGGCUAGCAAGAAGGAUCGCUUGGAAUCGGCUGAGAAACGAUUGGAGUUGAAUCGUCGUCAUAUGGCCAAGGAGGCCAAACGGUGUGGCAAAAUUGAGAAAAAGUUGAAAAUUCUCACCGGAGGCUAUCAAGCUCGAGCACAAGCGUUGAUUAAACAGUUAAUGGACACUCAGGAGCAUAUUGAGCAGAAUGCAUUGGCUUUGUCGACAUUUAAGUUUUUGGCGGAACAGGAAGCUAUUGCUAUUCCAAAACGUUUAGCGUCACUUCAAGAGGACACACGACGUCAAAUGGAUCGUGAAAAGGAAUUACAAAUAAAAUAUGCCAAGCUACGGGAUCAAUUGCAAGAGCUUAAAGCAGAAUUAGCAAACAAACAAGCCGCCGCAUAGAAAUAAUUUAAAAAUGUAUGUGCAGUUAUGGAAAUAUAAUUAAAAUUAUGUCUAAGUAUAUACUUGA